AUGAACUCCAAGGCCUCGCCCGCUCACAUCCUCUCCCCCAUCUCCUCCCAACCGCGCGCCGCCGCCCGCGUGCGCACGUCCAUCGUCGCCAUCGCGUGCGGCCUCAUGCUCGUCCUCAACGUCCUCGUCUUUCUGUACCAGCUGCGCGUGCAGAUCCUCCCCCAGAGCAAGAAGCACUACACUGACCCGCCGCCUUGCCGACCCCCGCGCGCGUGCCCGCCGCCAGCGUACGUGGACGGAGACUGGCCGCGCGAGCUCGACCUCCCGACCCCGCUCCGUACGGUGUACAUGCCGUUCAACGACAGCGAGCCCUACAUGGACAUCUACUCGCCCGAGGCCGGCCCCGUCUGGGACGCCAACCUGCCCCUCGGCCGCGGCUACAUCAAGCUCGGCGGCCACGAGGAGCUCUUCGGCGUCACCAUGUUCCACCAGAUGCACUGUCUCGUCCGCUUGCGCGCCGUCUUUGCGGGCGACAAAGACGAGUCGGGGCACGUCAAGCACUGCUUCAACUACCUGCGCCAGGCCCUGCUGUGCAACGCGGACAUCACGCUCGAGCCGGGGCAGACGGUGAAGAAGGUGAUGCCGAACGGCAAGGUGCACACCGAGAUCGCGGGCGGGUACGACGUCGUGCACCAGUGCCGCGACUGGCGCCAGGUGUGGAACUACAUGGAGGACGAGUGGAAGCGCUCGUUCCCCGACUCGAACCCCAUGGCGUACGCCGCGAUGAACGGCCAGGCGUGA